UGGAGGCCGGAAGUCAGGUGGUUGGCUGGGUCCUGUGAUGUCUGUAGGCAGCUGACAGAGGAGUCGAAGGCGAGUUGGUGAAGCUGGCGCUCCGGGUAGUGUGGGGCCACCGUAGGCUGGGCAGCUCGGCCCUGUCCUGUACAUGAUGAAGUUCGGGCCUCCUAAAUUACAGUGUGAUUUCCAAGUGUUCGGCCGGCAGCAUGUUCUCCGGGAAGCCUUGCACAGUCCGGAGUCACGGCUCUACCACAGCCCAGACGGGGGACACCUUUUCGUGCUGCUGCCUCACAAAGUCUUGUCGUUCCUCCGCUUACCUUCCCAAGCCCCCCUCUCUCCCUCCGCCUACUUGGAGAAGUCCUGGGCCGCGCACUCUCCGCCGCUUUCAGCCUUACUCUUCCCGCAGAGUGUUCCGUACGGCUGGGUGCUUACCCUGGUCUGGCAGAAUGGCCGAGCUGAGAUAUGGAGCCCGCCCAGAAGCGCCCUCAGCAAAGGCUGGGAACUGCUACAGUCGCUGGAUCUGUGCAACAGCCCCCGAGCCCGCCUUGCGUCUGUCUGCAGCAAUGGGGAGAGCCUGGUGUGGUGCGAAGAGAGGCCUCCAUCUGAGGCAAAGCUACAGGGGCCCUCAGGGGCCAAAAUUUACCGCUACUGUAUCUGUCAGAGGAGACUAGUGUGGGAGGGGGAGCUGCAAGUCUCCCUGGGAAACAUGAAGAUUGUCCUGCACCACAGUCCCUUGUACCACGUGCUCUCAUCCCCCAGUCACAUAUUCAUGGUCCCUGACUGCAGCCUCAGGACUAAUGGUGCCAAACUCCUGCUUGUUUAUUCCCCUCAGGAUGACAGGAUCAAUAUGGCCACCGUUGAUAAGGGGCUAGUUCACAGCAAAAGUCUAUCCGAGUGCGAAUGCGACUUUAAGAGACUGGUGUAUGAAUGCCUGGGCUACAUGACUAGUCAGGUAACUGUCAGCAUCCGCACCUUUGCCGUGACCGUUUCGGGGGAGCUGCUGCUAAUGGAUGCACACGGCGGGGUUCACUUGCUUCAUCCAGACGGGAUGAUAAGGUGCAUCUGUACCUUCGAUUUCAAAACACUUGCUCCAGAAGUCAGAGUCGGCAUUCAGCUACAUGGGGCUACACUGGUGUGUGCUGUAGACACGAUGCUGUACCUCAUCGAGUCAAAUACCGGGAGACUAUUGGAGAAAAAAAUACUAAGCUCCGAUGAAGUUCUUCUAAUGAACCUCCCGGAAGCAGAUGAUAUUCAUCUCCUGACAAAGGCCGGGAUUUAUUCAGUUUCGCCUGUGAGCAGCCCGCUAGAGACUGGCAAAAUGGAGCCGGCCUUGCUGGAAAUGGUCUACGAAGAAGCCUGCAAGUAUUAUCAGAGGAGAAGCCUGAGCAGCGCCAAACUGACCGUGUCAGAACUGAAGAAGGAGGGAAUGUUUCAAGCACCCAUAAUGCUCUCCUCCAUUCUCAGCAACUACCAUAGAGCGGAAAAGGCGAAAAGCAAAAUGUACGGAGACCACACAAACACUAUGACGAAUGAGCUACAGAGCUGCUUAAGUCUGGAGCAUCUGAAGGCCAAGAUCAUAAACAUGCCUAAGAAUCUGACAGAAAAAUAUUGUGAGAAUUUGAUCGACCAAGAAAUUGUCCGUCUCAUUCACACGGAUUUAGACAGAGAGAACUUGACUUAUAUAAAUUCCCUUUUCAGUCUGUUUCCAAAGGCGGCGUGGAAGUCUGUAAAAGGCAAUCUUCAGUUCCAUCAAAACGGCGACGGGAGGUUUAUUGUGAGGGCCACCGUGGAUUUGUGGAAAAGGAUUUUGGGGCCACUUCCUGUUGGAUCGAGGGAAAGUUAUCACAAUGGAGUCAGCCCACUGUUUGAGGUCAUCUGUGAGUCGUUAUAUAGAUUCAAGCCCAAGUGGCUCCCGCUUUUUGUUCAGCAGGCCCAGGAUUGUUCUGGGCUCCCCUGGAGCAUGAGUAACAAAGAUAACUGUGAAGGUGUUCCAUUGUAUAAAAGAGCACUAGCUGUUGUAAGCAAGGGCAAGGCAAGCACUACAGCGAAUCAGGACUGUGAUAUCGAAAUCGAUAUUUUGUUGUACAGUGGCCGGCCCCAGGCCAUCAUUCAAGCUAUUCAUAUGCUGAUCAAUCUCCAGCGCUGGGAGAGAGUCAUUGCAGAGACCAAGAAGUUCUCUCGGCUGAGCCCAAUUGUUACAAAGGAUAUUUUUAUUACUCUUCUGGCAGAAUUUGUCAAGCACAGACAUUUGGAUUCUUAUAUAAAUCAGCUCUGUGACAUUUGUCCUGAAGAAAUGACCCCUACUGACCUACUGCGCAUUCUUCUACAGAACAUGCCUGUGGAGCAGGACCAGCCCUUCUGUAAUGGUGGGACUCCAUUGACUGUAGGCUUGCUGAAGCCAUUGUUCAACAAAGUCAUCCAGAAUCAAAAGGCACAACAUAUGAAGUCCGCAGCAAUGACUUUUUCUCCAUCUACCCCACCAGAGACAAAUCACUCUUUUGUUAAUGGCGAUGGUUUAACGCCAGAAAUCUGCUCCGUGCCUGAUAUAUAUGCUCCCAAUUCUUGUUAAAUGCCUCUUGUACAGAAUGCACAUAGAACACGUACCUAUUUUUUUUUUUUUCUAAGCACUUUCUAUGCCUCCUUGCUUUUGUUACAUGUCAGUAUUAUUUUGAUUUAUUUAAGUAUAGCAAUUCACAUCACAACGCUUUGGAACACUGUUGUGACUUCUUUCAAUUCAGGUUGGUUUGUCCCUUUUGUGAAAUUCAAAUACAUUUGUUGGUUGAAAAAUUGGAGGAUAAGAAAUAGAGAAAUAGUGCACAGCUUGCUGCCUCCUGUAAAUGUAGUACUAGACACACUGGGUGAAAAUGGCCUCUCUACCUAAAUGAAUUUAUUGUUUAGAAAUCCCCAUUCUGCUUUGUUCAGCUUGGGUGUUGCCCUUGUAGGUGUUUUAUAAAUAAACAAUGCACCCAUCAUGGGGAUUUUGAAUCCAGGUCUCCGGAGCAGUUGAACUGCUAAUGUCAGCUUCCCAAGAGCAUUGGAUGUUAACAUUUGUAGUUCUGUAAUGUCGGACUGGGUGGGUUGGUAAUUGUUUGCCUCUUAUGUUAAGUUUGUGCUGGCAACUCUACAAUAUACAUGCCUUGCCCCUAAAGCAUGUCUGGCACCAGGUCUGGACUGAGAUUCAAAAUAGGCCCUGGCAUUUCAGCUACACAGAGGCCCAAACAGCACGUCACCAGCCCACUAAAUAGUGCGUGUCUAUGGCAACUUACAGCAGCCCCUCUGGCAUUUGCCAGAACCCACAGAUUGCCAGUCCGGGCCUGUCUGGCACAGAUAGCAAGGCAGCAUGCAGUCGUUAGUUUAUGGAUAAUGCUAUACUGGGAGACCACCAGUCACUUAAUAUGUCACCGUCUGCUCCCAGCAGGCCCGGACUGGCAAUCUGUGGGUUCCGGCAAAUGCCAGAGGGGCUGCUAUAAGGUGCCAUAGAAAGUCCGUAAUUAGCGGGCUGUUUGGGCCUCUGUGUAACUGAAAUGCCAGGGCCUAUUUUAAUUCUCAGUCCGGACCUGGCUCCCAGUGGAACAAAGUACUUAAAGGAAAAAUGUAACUCUUCUAAAGUAAUGAAAUAUAGUGUACUGUUGAACUGCACUGUUAAAACUGUUGUGAUGCUACAGAAACUCUAAAUUAGUUUAAACAAGCUGCUAUGUAGCCAUUCAAAGCUGAAAAAGGAGAAAUGUCACAGGAUACACAGCAGAUAGAUAAGCUCUGUAGUAUACAAUGGGAUUCUUCAGACCGUAUCUGUUAUCUACUGUGUAUCCUGUACUUGAAUGGCUGCCCCCAUGGCUACACAGCAGCUUGUUUAUAUAAACUAUACUAGUGUUUCUGAAGCAAACACAUCAGAUUUACCAGUGCAGGGCAACACUAAAUUAUUUUGUCAUUCCUUUAAAAUACUUUCAUUUUUGGUGUUACUGUUCCUUUAAGUCCCACCCCAGCAAAAAUUGUGCAUGUUUUGUCAUUUUGUUUUCCCCAUUGUUGCAUAUAAUCAAGGGAUGAAGCUUGCAAAGUCUUAACGUCUUAAAGUAAUGUCAAGUGAUUUCUUCUCUGGUGCAAAAAUCUAAAUGGCGUAAAAUGCCACUCCUUAUCUAUGACUGCAAACACACACUGCUAUUGAUUACAAUGUAUCUUCUUGUCAGUGCACACGCGCACGGCAUAUUAUCAAAAUAAAGUUCACCCCCUGUGCUUCAUCAGAGGUGGGUUCUGUUGUAA